CUUCAAUCAGUCCAAUGCCUGAACAUGGGCGGCACGAUCGACGACUCGAUCUGGAAGACCGUGACAGUCUUCAGACUUCUGUGAUCUGGACAGCUUCAGAUCAGCAUUGCUUUCUAGCUCGACUGAUCAAACUUGCAGAAUUCUUCACCUCAGCGCUUGUUAUUCGAAAGCGCCAUUUUAGCUUCACACAGAGAUCCAACUUCUUACGGCUCGUACGUUGGUCAUUCGUCACGCCAUAUCAAGUGAGAAAGCUGAGGAUCGACUAACAGCCAGUUUUAAAAAGGGACCAUGGCUUCCAUCGCUUCUGCGGCUCGAGUGGCCGGGGCGCAGUCCCUUGCUUCCUGUGUGGCCAGUGCAAGCUAUGGGACGCAACCGCAGGCAAAUGCACUCUUUGUGCCGGCUCUGCCUGCAAAGCAACAAGCUGCUCUUGGGCCCCAAUCUCAGGUCGACCUUACCUCUUCUUUCAUUGGCACUGGUCUGCCUAGCCUCAGCAGGCCCGCGAAGAGGAUCAAAGCCCAGGCUUCCUCAUCGAAUAGAUCUGCGGUGGUUGCCAGGACUGCAGCUGCAGGCAAGCAAAUUGAGGUCGACGUAGAAAAGCCCCUUGGUCUCACCCUGGGUCAAAAGUCAAAUGGUGUCAUCACGAUCACACAAGUCUCCGGUAAUGCCGCGAAGGCCGGGCUCAAAACCGGUGACCAAGUUGUGUAUACGUCCUCCUUCUUUGGAGAUGAGCUGUGGCCGGCAGACAAGCUCGGUUUCACGCAGACUGCCAUCAAGGCCAAGUCCGACUCCGUGUACUUCGUGGUGCAAAGGGGUGGAGAACCGGUGAACACCAAGCGGCUGUCCACACGCAAGGCCCCCUCCCGGUUUGGAAAGCAGCUGACUGCCGCACAGAAGGAGCGGGCCACGCACAUCUGCUUAGACUGUGGAUACAUCUACACCCUUGGGAAAUCCUUCGAAGAUCAGCCCGACGACUUCCUGUGCCCUCAGUGCCGGGCACCAAAGACGCGCUUUGCUGGAUACGACCCCGAGACUGGCAGGGUUUCGGGUGGAGGCACUCCGUUGAGCGUGUUGAUUAGCAUCCUUGUCUCAAUCAGUGCAAUUGGUGGCCUGUUCUAUUACCUAUCCUUGUAGAUUUUUAUAACCAACUAAUUGCCAGGUGACAAUCUUAGGCGACAGAAUAUUUGAAGCGUUGGGGUGAAGUCACACAUAUACACUUACCGCGGCGCAAUUGAUCGGACUGAAGCAAAGCAUACUUGUACAUUCCUUGCUGCUUUUCAAGGGCUUCCGCAAUCUGUUAGUGCAUUGCGCUUAGUUCGAUUUCGAUUCAUAAAAAACUAGCCGCCUCCAUAUAUACUUGCCGUCUUUACCUCAGCC